GUUUAUUUUGAUACGAUUGUGUUAGCUGGCGUGCGAGAAUAAAUAUUGUGAAAAACUUGAUUUUUUUUUUUUGAAAAAUGGAUUCGUUUAGCAAUAAUCGCUAUCAGCUGCUGUUCAUCGAUGACGAGGCCAGCGAUCUGUGCAUUGGCCAGAAGAAGCUGCAGCUGUUGGACAACAGCUCGAAGCUCAAGUGCAGGAAGCUGCAGGGCGGCGAGAAGAUCAAAUCGCUGGUGCUGGGCAAGAAGGCAGCCAACAAGGGCAAGGCCAAGGGCACUGGCCAGGGCGAGCGGGGCCUCAAGGCGGAUUGCCUUAAUGUCAAUGGCACCUUGCUGGCUAACGGCGGACAGAAGCCAGAGUCUAAGAAGUCCGAAAUGCAGCCAAAGCAGCAGCAGCAGCAACGACAACAACAGCAGCAGCAAGAACGCGAGCAGCUGCAGCAGCAGCAGCAGAAGCAGAAGCAACAGUUGCAGCAAUCAUCAAAGGUGCAACAGCCAUUGCAUCUGGAGCCGCCGCAGCCGCAGCCACAGCCGCAGCGUCACUAUAGGGAGCGCGCCGUGUUCAGCCGCAUCAUCAACAACAGCAACAAGGGCGGCGGCUAUGGGCGGCUCUAUAAGAGCAAGUUCGAUCGUCAUUCGGGCUCCGAUAAGACGGGCAUCAAGGCGGUGGUGAAGCGCAACGGGGGCGGCGCCCACAACUGGGGCUCGGUCAUCAAGGACAUCGAGGAGCAGAGCAUUGCCAUGAAGAAUCCAAACAUAUUGUCAGACAAGGAUGAUUCGUUCAACGAGCAGCAGCAGCAGCUGCAGCAGUCCUCGCAUCAGCAAUCGCCACAGCAGGCGGGCGACAAUGCCAAUGAGGAGGACAAUACCAAGUACAUAACUGUCGAGGAGUGGCGCGCCAUGUGCGUGGAGCGUGCCAAGCCCACCUACAACAUACGCAAGCCCGGCGAGGGGGAGGUCGCCAAGCCGGACUGGAAGAAGAUGAUUGUCUUGCCAAAGAAGAAGCCAAUGAAGUCGGACUCCGAUAUGGGGCUGGAGUACGAUGCAUCGAUGUAUCCGCAGCGCGUGGGACGCUUGCAGCGCGUGAUGAACAUUGAGUUCAAGUUCAAGGACGAUCGCCGUCGCAGCGGCUAUCUCAGCGGCUGGGGGGGCGGACGUUCGCUAAACAAGUCCGCAGCCAAGAGCGGCUCCGAUCCGAUCAAUAUGAAUGACGAAGCCGAGUUUCCAACUCUCGGCUAAUGCAAUUAGCAAGCAAUCUAUCAAUAGCUCAACAACGACUAACAAUUGAUCAAUUACUCACUCCAACAAUCAAUCCCUUGAGCUAUCAAUCAAUUAAUCAAAUCGACUAUCAACUAAAAACUAUGACUACAUCAAUUCAGCGAUCAAACACCCGAAGACCCACUCAUUUCAAUGUCGAUGGGAUAUUCGGAACUCCCAUCCAAUUUCAAGGCAUUAUCAAUCCGUUGUUACGUCAAAUACUUUCCAGCAUCCUCGUUUUUCUGCAACUUUUAGCAAAUCGACGCAUUCUUUAAACAUUUUGUUCUCUCUUUUGGCCACCUUGUGUUCUAGCAAAAACUUUUCAUGAAGAACAACAAAAAAAAAUGUUUAAAUUUUUAUUGAAAUAAUGUAGUUCUUUUGAGACGCG